AUACAGCCUUGUAAAACACUUAACAUAAUUUAAAAUGAAGUUAUAUACUUGCAUUUUAUUAAUAUAUUUUUAUGAUGGCGUCAUUUCGACAUCUCCAGAGUUUGAUGCCCUGCUAGCUCGGCUUGCAGUGACGGAAGCCCGCCAAGACAUGUCGGAAAAGACGAUUGAGAGUCUGAAAAGUAAAUUGUCCGCAGCCGAACAGCAGAUACAGAAACUACAGAUACAAGGAAGUCAAAGAAGUAAAUCGGAGAAGAAUUUUCCAAGAAAUGUGAGCGAUCAUCGGCGUUCAAUCCUUCCUGGUGUCGCUAUAGGAUUUACAGCGUGUGUUUCGGUUCCAGAUGUUAAAAGCCUUGGGGUUCAUCACACCAUUGUCUACGACAGGAUCAUUACAAAUACUGCGGGUGCAUAUCAUAACUCCACCGGAAUAUUCACAGCUCCUUAUAAAGGGUUGUAUGUGUUUUCUUCUACUGCAAUGUCCGUUGCUGGACAUACACAAUAUUUAGAUAUUGUCAAAGAUGGCGCUACUGUUAAUACGUUUCUUGCUGACGGCCUGGGUAAUCAGGGGUUUGAGGCAACCGGCAAUCAAUGGGUGCUGGAACUAGAUCAAGGGUCCGAAAUUUGGAUAAGAACAAGUCAUGCUGGGGAAAUACAUGGAAACUGCUUCACUCUGUUUUCAGGUUUUUUACUUUCAGAAACUGAAUAAUAUCGGCUUUGAUGUCAUUUCGAAAUAAAAGCUAUUAUGAAUUAGA